CUCUCCCCAUCACCGCUCUCCUCCUCAAACCCUAACAAAAGCCCCCUCCCAAACCAAACCAAACCAAACCAAACCCCUAAAGCUCCCUAGUUCUCUCUCUCUUCUCCUCCUCCUCCUCCGAAUCCAUGGAGAACCAUGGCUACGCCCCCUUCGCCGACCCCGGCGGCGACUCCCCUCGAUACCGCGAGACCGAGAACGACUCCUUGGACGAGCCUCCGCAGCAGCAGCCCUCGCCGCGCAUCAAGCUCAUGAUCAGCUACGGCGGCCGCAUCCAGCCGCGGCCCCACGAUCACCAGCUCUCGUAUGUGAACGGCGAGACGAAGAUCCUGCACGUCGACCGCUCCGCCCGCUUCCCCGCCCUCCGCGCCAAGCUCGCCUCCAUUGCCGGCGCCGACGAGCUCUGCGUCAAGUACCAGCUACCCGGCGAGGACCUCGACGCCCUCGUCUCCGUCACCAACGACGAGGACCUCGACCACAUGAUCCUCGAGUACGAUCGCCUCCACGCCAACCGCUCUGGCUCGUCCGGGCGCCACAACAACCCGCGCCUCCGCAUCUUCCUCUUCCCCAUCAACCUCCCGCCGCCCCCGGCCGCCUUCCUCGAGCCCAAGCCCGAUCGCCAGUGGUUCGUCGACGCCCUCAACUCCGUCCCCGCCCCCCCCAGCCACCCCCACCCCCACCCCCCGCUCGACGCCGCCGCCAAGGCGCCGCCGAGCCCCGACUACCUCUUCGGGCUCGACAAGGGCUUCGUGCCUCCUCCAGCGGUCAAGGUCAAGGAUCCGGCCCAGGAGAACCCCGUCGUUCUCGAGAACUUGGCCGUCGAGCCCCCCGCGAGGUUCGAUCAGGGGAUCAGGGAGGAUCGGGAUCGCGAUCGCCAGAUCGGAGGGGAGCCGUCCCCCGUCGUCUCCCCCGCGGAGAUACAGAGGCAGAUCCAGGAGCUCCAGAAGCUCCAGGUCCACCAGCAGCAGCAGCAGCAGCAGCAGCAGCAGCAGCAGCAGUACGGGCAGCAGGCCACCGCGCAGAUUGAAGAAAGGGAGGCCCUAGCUAGGGCUGCUUACCCCGGGCCCGAGUACUACGUGCACAAGGUCCAGGAGAAGGCCGCCGCCACCCCGACCGCCUCGCCGGCGACCGCAGCCGCCUACUGGCCGGCGCCGCGGAGCGUGGCCGCCGGGAGGUACGCCUCCGUCGCGGGAGGCGACCAGCCGGUGUUCCUGAUCCCCGGCGUGUAUCCGCAGCAGCAGGGCGGCUACUUCACCGCUGUUCCGGGGCUGCUACCCGCCGAUCUCUACCGCGAGGGCGGGGCGGUGUACGCAGCGCCAGCGCCUCCGCCGCAAGCAGCGGCAAAGCUGGUGGGGCAGCUGCCGGAGGGCGCUGGCAACGUGCGUGGGCCGGCGCAGGCGGCGGAUCCCCCGGCCGCGGCGUAUGCAGCGCAGCUGACAUUCGACGGCACUGGCCGGGCGGUUUACUACACGGGCGCAGUUCCUUCGUUCCAGACGACGGUCGCGAGCAUGACGCUCAGCACGGAGGCGACGAAGACCGUGAAGCCACCCCAGGUUUCUUAAGAUCCUUCCCCCACUCGGCUCUUCGGUUAUCCUUCUUUUUCUCCUUCAAUUUUCUCGUCUCUGUCUCUGUCUCUGUCUCGGUCUCUGUCUCUGUCUCUGUCUCUAUUCGUUUUUUUAUCUUUAUUAUUAUGUGUUUUUUUUUUUCUUUUUUUUUCCUUUUCAUUUUGGUGCUUGUAAAUACUUGUUAAGAAAAUAACUACUUAUGCCAGAUGGGAUCUGUGAUGUUUCUUAUGUGUUA